ACAGAAAGAUGAGGUCUCCAGAGGGUGAAGCGCACGGAGGGCUAAAGUACAGUGCAAAGACCCAAAUCUGGAUGGAGCUAAAAAUGACCUCGAGAUUGUAUGGUACAAGAUGCAAAACCAGCACCCCUGAGCCAUGCAGUCCUGCAGCCCACGGCAACUGGCCAAGAGCAGCUUCCUCUGGCUCAGAGGAGCUGACCUCAACUGAGUCUUCCAAAAUAAAUGGGACGUGGUGACUUUCCACAGGUUUGGAUGAGAAGCUGAGACAGGAAGAGGCCACUCAAGCCCAGGCCACACUCACUGACUGACAGCUCCUUGCUUAUACACUCAGAGCAGAAGCAGAGAAUGGUCAGCCUGCUGGUCCACACCAGAGUCCCACACCCCUACACCUCUGCCUGGCAGAUGAAGCCCUGGCCUUCACAGCUGACUUCCUGAAGGCUGUCACAGGCCGGAUGAAGAGGUGACAACAGGCUUUCCAGAGCUCACGGCAGCUGUACCCACAGCUCCAAGGCCAUGCACUUGUUCCUCCUGGGCCUUUUCCUGCUGCUGCCACCACCUAUUCCCGCUCCCUGCUACACAGCCCCUUGGUCGGAAUGCAAGAAGAAGCGCGAGUUCGUCGUGCCAGGUGCAGAUUUGGCUGGGGAAGGUGUGGACGUGACCACCCUCCGCCGCUCCGGCUCCUUCCCAGUGAACACACAGAAUUUCCUGAGGCCUGACCGCACUUGCACCCUCUGUAAAAAUGCCCUGCAAAAAGAUGCUAUACAACUCCUGCCUCUGGCCAUUGCCCACUGGCGGCCACACAGCUCAGGCUGCCAGCGUAAAGUGGCCGCGGCCAAAGUCAGCUCGACGGAGGGUGUGGCCCGGGAUGCAGCUGCUAACAUCAAUAAUGACUGGCGUGUGGGGCUGGAUGUGAACCCCAAGCCCGAGGCAAGCAUGCGUGUGUCCAUGGCUGGCUCCCACUCCAAGGUAGCCAACUUUGCAGCCGAGAAGACCCAUCAGGACCAGUACAGCUUUAAUUCUGACACAGUGGAGUGUCACCUGUACAGUUUUCGCCUGGUCCAAAAACCCCCACUGCACCCCGAUUUCAGAAGGGCACUCAGGAGGCUGCCCCCCAACUUCAACACCUCCACGAAGGAUGCUUAUGACAGGCUCAUCUCGUCCUAUGGCACCCACUUUAUUACGGCUAUGAACCUAGGUGGCCGUGUGUCGGUUCUCACAGCCCUGCGCACAUGUCAGCUGACCCUGGAGGGGCUCACCGCUGACGAGGUAGGAGACUGCCUGAACGUGGAGGCCCAGGUCAGCAUCGGUGCCCACGCCAGCACCUCCAAUGAGUACAAAGCCUGCGAGGAGAAGAAGAAACAGCACAAGAUGUCCACCUCUUUCCACCAGACUUACCGAGAGCGUCAAUUCGACGUAGUCGGCGGCCACCUCGAUUCCAUGCGUGACCUGCUCUUCGGGAACCAGGCUACCCCUGAGCAGUUCUCAACCUGGCUAACCUCGCUGGUCAGCAGCCCUGGGCUGGUGGAUUACAGCCUGGAGUCCCUGCACAUGCUGGUGGAAGAUAUAGACCCGAGGCGGGAGGCACUGAGACAGGCUAUCAGCCAUUAUGUGGUAAGCAGGGCUCGUUGGCAGAACUGUAGCCGACCCUGUAGGGCAGGCCGGCAUAAGAACACACGGGACUCAUGCCAAUGCGUAUGCCACAAUUCGAAGGCCACCAACCAGGACUGCUGUCCACGCCAGAGGGGCUUGGCCCACCUGCUGGUGACCAAUUUCCGGGCAAAGCAUCUGUGGGGAGACUACUUCACAUCCUCUGAUGCCUAUGUGAAGGUCUUCUUUGGGGGCCAGGAGCUUAGGACCAGCACAGUGUGGAACAAUGACAACCCCAAGUGGACAGACAAGCUGGACUUUGGGGAUGUGCUCCUGUCCACAGGCGGACCUCUGAGGGUGCAGGUCUGGGAUGCUGACAAUGGCUGGAAUGAUGAACUUCUCGGUUCUUGUGACAGGUCUCCCACGGCUGGGACCCAUGAGACAACCUGUAACCUGAACCAUGGCAGUAUUACAUUCCUCUACCAUGUCAAGUGUUUGCCCCACCUGACUGGAGGGACCUGCCUGGAGUAUGCCCCCGUGAGCUACCUAGGAGAUCCUCCAGGAAACCGCAGUGGGGCUGUGUGGUAAAAAACAAACAAACAAACAACAACAACAAAAAACCCAGCAUGCCUUGUGAGCCAGGCAUAGUGGUGCGUGCCUUUAAUCCCAGCACUUGGGAGGCAAAGAUAGGUGGAUAUCUGUGAGUUCAAGGCCACCCUGUUUCAAAAAAAAAAAAAAUAGCAAAAUAGCACACCCUAAAGUGCUCAACUGAAUUCACCCAGGGGGAUUCACCAUGGCAUAAUAUGCAGUAGAGACUGAGACUUGAACUAGAGCUUCCCUGACCCUCCCUGUCCACACUGCCUCAGUCCUCCGAUGUCACCAAGCCUGACAGCUACUGCUGGUGCACAACACAAACAUUGGCCAGGAAACCAGCAGGCGGCCAGCAGGCUGUCUCCGCUGAAUUUUAAGGACCUCCCUCCUUGACACAACAAGAUCAUCUGUUUGAGACAACCUCUGUGUGCCCCGAUUCCUGUGUGCCUUUUGUCCCUCAUUCUGCUCCUGACAAAUCAAGUAUAUAGCUUGACAGAGGGCCAAUAAAUAUGAUCUGAUGGUAA